UCGGCGCCAUUUUGGGACUGAGACUGGUUGUGGGGGAGGGAAAAGCGGCAAAAGGGGAUUAUUCAAAGUACCGAAAACCUUCUCCCGGGAUCGAGCGCGGCGGCACCCCCAGGCCAGGGGCACCUCUGGUGCGGCAGAAGGUGAUUGAAUUACUCAGAUAUGAAGAUCAUCUUCUAGGUUUUGUGUAAAAGGCCCCGGAUAUUUUAAGUGGCCAUUUUGGAUUUACAAUGUUUUUGGAUAAUUUUGCCCCAGAAGUUUAUUAAAAUUGGCAAGAAUCGUCUAUGAAGUGAAUUGAUAGUAGUGAACAAUUCAGCAAGCCACUUAGAGACCCGGGCAGCAUUUCUUCAGUAUUUUGGUUCAAACGGAUUAUAUAACUGGUUACAGUAUUUCAGCUGGUGGUAAUUUUUUGCCUCCCCCUCCCCCACUCCGUUGUUGGGGUUCUUCAGCCGAAACUGUGAGAGACGUUGAUUUGUGUACUGAGUAGUUGCAGCAGUUUCAAAUGCCUGAGUGUUACUGAAGUUUCAUGGCAGUUUAUUUUUACCUUUAUUGAAAAUUUUAGGAUUUUUUGACUUCAGCUCUGUCAUGUCACAAUGGGACACUUUUUCUAAAUGAAGACAUUGAAAGAAUCCACAGUUUUUUUCCUUUUAUCUUUUACUUACGUGGAAAUUUAAGAUGCUGCAGUUUCCCAACAGCAUGGUAGUAUUGAGAUAGCUAUGUGUGUCUCUGUAAAUGCUGAUGUUUAGGAAUGCUCUUCAGAUGUGAAAUUUUCUUUUUGUUUCUGCUUUUUGGCUCAUAAAUUGGAUAUUUCAUCUAGAGUGGACAAGUACAACAGUGGCAAGUACAUGGAAUAAUACAAAGACUGUUCUUAAAUCUAAAGAACUUGGCUAAUUCGGGAAAUAGCCAUAUGAAAACUUUAAAACAGAAGUAUGGGUAGCUGACUUGAAGUAACUCUAUGUCAAAUAGUCGUAGGUUAAAUAUCUUCAAAGAACUUCGAUAUUAUUUCAGAGGAUACAAAAUAAAAAUACAAACUGGAAAACAAAGAUUACAGAGAAAAAACCAACACCUUCCUGUGCAGUCCUGUUGGAAUUUGCUAGAGUGCAAUGGCGUAAUCUUGGCUCACUGCAACCUCCACCUCCUGGGUUCAUGCAGUUCUCCUGCCUCAGACUCCUGAGUAGCUGGGACUACUGGGACUUGCCAUGAGGUGUUGAAGCCUUGUUUCACUGAGUUGGAGAGACUGGACCUAAAUGGCGCAGCAUGACUUUGCUCCAGCCUGGCUUAAUUUCCCUACUCCACCAUCAUCAACAAAGUCGUCAUUGAAUUUUGAGAAACAUUCUGAAAACUUUGCAUGGACAGAGAAUCGUUAUGAUGUGAAUCGUCGACGACACAACUCUUCAGAUGGCUUUGAUUCUGCUAUUGGACGUCCUAAUGGAGGUAACUUUGGAAGGAAAGAAAAAAAUGGAUGGCGUACACAUGGAAGAAAUGGUACGGAAAACAUAAAUCAUCGUGGGGGAUACCAUGGUGGGAGUUCCCGCUCUCGUAGCAGUAUUUUCCAUUCUGGAAAAAGCCAAGGACUACAUGAAAACAACAUACCUGACAAUGAAACCGGGAGGAAAGAAGACAAGAGAGAACGCAAACAGUUUGAAGCUGAGGAUUUUCCGUCUUUAAAUCCUGAAUAUGAGAGAGAACCAAAUCACAAUAAAUCUUUAGCUGCAGGUGUGUGGGGCCUACACGCCCAGACACACACAUACCCAACCAAAAAAAUCUCCCAAGCUCCUCUCUUAGAAUAUCCUCCGAAUCCUAAAUCUAGAGCUCCAAGGAUGCUGGUCAUUAAGAAAGGUAAUACAAAAGACUUACAGCUGUCUGGAUUCCCAGUAGUAGGAAAUCUUCAGUCACAGCCAGUUAAGAAUGGAACUGGUCCAAGUGUUUAUAAAGGUUUAGUCCCUAAACCUGCUGCUCCACCUACAAAACCUACACAAUGGAAAAGCCAGACAAAAGAAAAUAAAGUUGGAACUUCUUUCCCUCAUGAAUCUACAUAUGGUGUUGGCAACUUUAAUGCUUUUAAAUCAACUGCCAAGAAUUUUAGUCCAUCAACAAAUUCAGUGAAAGAGUGUAAUCGUUCAAAUUCCUCUUCUCCUGUUGAUAAACUUAAUCAGCAGCCUCGUCUAACCAAACUGACACGAAUGCGCACUGAUAAGAAGAGUGAAUUUUUGAAAGCACUGAAAAGAGACAGAGUAGAAGAGGAACAUGAAGAUGAAAGCCGUGCUGGCUCAGAGAAGGAUGACGACUCAUUUAAUUUACAUAACAGCAAUAGUACUCACCAAGAAAGGGAUAUAAACCGAAACUUCGAUGAAAAUGAAAUUCCUCAAGAGAAUGGCAAUGCCUCGGUGAUUUCCCAACAGAUCAUUCGAUCUUCAACCUUCCCACAAACUGAUGUUCUUUCAAGUUCGCUUGAGGCAGAACACAGAUUGUUAAAGGAAAUGGGCUGGCAGGAAGACAGUGAAAAUGAUGAAACAUGUGCUCCCUUAACUGAGGAUGAAAUGAGAGAAUUCCAAGUUAUUAGUGAACAGUUACAGAAGAAUGGUCUUAGAAAAAAUGGUAUUUUGAAAAAUGGCCUGAUCUGUGACUUCAAGUUUGGACCCUGGAAGAACAGCACUUUCAAACCCACAGUUGAGAAUGAUGACACAGAAACAAGUAGCAGUGACACAUCAGAUGACGACGAUGUGUGAAAGAUUUCCUAACAGCUUUAGAAAUCUUAGUGUGAUACAUCUCUCAUACAGUUUGGGGUGAAUUGUAAAAAUGAAGAACUAUAAUUUAUGUAGUGAAAUACCCCAUUAGAAGAGGAUUUUUUGGGGGACUUCAAUAUGAAGAAAACCAAGAAUGUUUUGUUGGGCUGUGUUGAACAUUAUUUCUUUGUAAAUGAAUGUUGUAGGAAUGAGGACUUUGGUUGGUCCAGCAUUGACUUUCUUCAUCACUGCAACAUUUCUCUGACUAGCAAUGUGACGAUGUAACAAAUGAGAUUUUCUCAUUUAAUAAUAAAAAAUUGUGUAAUGUUUUGCAAA